AUGGAUCCAGGAUCCAAACCAGACGCUGCUGGGUCUUUGCAGUUACCGGACCUGAUACAAAGAUCCCAGACCAGAGUCCAGCCCAGAGACCAAACCAGAGACCAGUCCGCUCGCUCUCUCAGGCCUGUGGGGUCCAGUCCUGGUUCAGAAUCUGGUCUUGAGGUUAUGAGAUCUCGUAGGAGGAGAUCUGUGUUUCUUCACUCUGGGGUCAGAAUCUGUCCCCAAGAAAGUCUGAGCGAAGUCCUGUCAAGCCACCGGGCCUACUACCAGCUCCGAGUGUGUCAGGAGGCUGUGUGGGAGGCCUUCAGAAUUUUCUUGGACCGGAUCCCUGGGACCUCAGAGUACCAGUCCUGGGUCCAGACCUGUCAGAGCGAGUCCCUGUGCAUCUCCGAUAUCGCUCUCAACUUCAGCCGCACUGAUGAACAUCUCAGCCUGGUCCACAGGAGAAUGAGCAGAGUGAGAGAUCAAAGACCUCCAGCUCGAGGAGUGGUGACAGUGGCUUCGACUCUCAGACCUGCUCACAGCUCUGGGGCAGAAGCUCCGCCCACCAUCACCCCUUCCCCGUUUGUCGUCACGGAAACGCACCCUCCCUCUUUAAACCCUGACAUGACAGCAUCAACGAGCCAAUCCCAGCCACCUGUCUUGGACUCAGACCUAAACCUGGUCCCGGAGGUCCCUGAGGUCCCUGAGGUCAUAACCCAGAGGACUGUGGACUUGAGCGUGGAGCUGAGAGACCCGGGGUACAGGGAGCUGCUGGAGGAACGGGACUCUCUGCAGUACAACGACCUGGCACAGCAUCUACAGGAAGAGAUGCAGCACGCCUUCAUCAAACUGCCGGGCUUCAAGGCUCUGUCUGUGCUGGAGAUCAGGCCUGUGGAUAGAGGGAUCUCGGUGCACUACUCUCUUCUGUUUGAGACGCCCCCUGCUGGGAUACAGGAGGAUGGGAGGGCAUCUGAUGCACAGGUCCAGACCUCAGACCUGAACCUCCAGGACCUGAUCCGGACGGCGCUCAGAGACGCGGCCUCACUGCCCAUAGACCUGCACUCUCUCACCUUCUCUCCAGCUUCUUCCCUCUCGCCUCCGACCUCCUCCUCCUCCUCUGCUCCUCUGCCUCAGCCGAGUGAACCCGACUCCCACAACGAGUUUGAAGUUCUACCUGAAGAUCUGGACUCAGAGAAGCCCAGAGUUGGGAUUCCUCUGACGCCCAUGGAGAAGGAGAACGCUUUGGUUAGCCUUUUAGAUCCCACCGCUGAGUCUGAGGAGAAGGUUCUGAUCAUCACGCACAUGGUAGAGAGCGUCACAGACACUGGAGAGACUGCAGAACUCGUGAGGAGCCGAACAACAACCACGGAACCCAGUUUUGUCACAACGAUACCAAAUGAACUUCCCGAAAAAGUUGAGGACUCCAGUCCAGAAAUAAUCAAAGUAACGCCAACUUUAAAACAAAUCAUUGCAACUCCAGAAACUAAAGAAAAAGAGAUCAUAUUUGAGACAACGAUACUUUCGGAAAUCACAGGGCAACCGCCAACCCCGGCACUUAUAGAUGAGCAAGAAAACGCAAUUCCUGACGAGGUAAAAAGUUCAGAACAGAGCAAAUCUGGAGACAAUUCUGAAGAAAUAAAGCCAGAAUUUGGUGAAAUUUUGGAGGAAAGUGAAAUUGUGCUGCCAGGUUUGGAUGAAGAAUCAGUUGAAGAAGGGACAAAAGAGGAAAUUUGGGUUGAAACAACAAAAGAAUCUGAGAAUUUAGAAGAUCAAAAAGAACUGAUUGGAACUGGAGAGAAUUUGAUGGAAGUAACAAGACCAAAAGCCAUCAUUCCAGAGACAGACAGUUUAGAAUCACCAAUAACUCAUUCAGAAGUUUUAGAGGAAAUUAUAAAACCAGAUAUUGAAGAUUUAACCAAAAUUAAAACUGAACUUGAAAGAGGAGAUGGAACUGUCAUAGUUCGAGAAGAGGAUUCAGAGGAUUCUGAAGAGGAGCUGGAAGUCAAGUUACAUGAGGAAACUGAAGAGCAAAUAGAACAGGAAGCAAAAGGGGAAGUGGAAAUUGUAGUCAAAACAUCAUCGGGUGUAGUCAAUCCAAAAGAGGAACAAGAGAGGUCUGAGACAGUAAAAGAAGAUGCUGUAGUUCAAAAGCCCGAGUUGGAAAUUGCAAUACGACCAAAACAGGAAGUGGAUGACAUUUCAGAGCCAAAACAGGAAGUGGAAGUAGAGGAAAUAACUGAGACAAAAUCAGAUGAAGAAGAGGUUGUAGUCCAAUCAGAAGAGGACGUAGUUUUAGAGGACAUUUCUGAAACAAAAGCAGAGCCAGAAUCCACGGUGGAGGACGCGUUUGUGUUCCCUCCGACAUCAGGAGAGGUGGAAAAUGUAGCCCAAACUGAGAAUCCACAAGCAGCAGAAUUCACAGAAGGAGAAGAUGUAGUUCCUUUACUGCCAGAAGAGGAGGAGCCUAAAUAUGAUGGAGAGGAAAGUGUAGUCCCAGAGCCAGAGGAGGACAUGUUUAUAGUCCAUCCAACACCAGAGGUUGUAGUCCAAACUCAGUCAGAAGUUCAUUUACCACCAGAGGAAGAAGAACCUAAAUACGAGGAGGAAAGUGUAGUCCAAAUAAACCAGCAAGUAACCACGGUUUUACCAACAAAUGAAGAAGGAAGGAAACCUGGACAAGAAGUGGAACAGGAACAGGAAAUAGAAGAGGAAACCACAGAACCACUGUCCGAGUCGAUUAAAGUCCUGCGACCUUUGGAUGGACGUGGCGGGAAUGUUUUCAGAGGAGGAGCUGCACCUGAGUCUGCCACCAGCGUUGUUCUUGAAGAACCAGAGGAGAAACAUUUAUCUACAGAGACGUUUACAACAACCCCACAGGACAAACAUCUCACUCCAUCAUCUCCACCUGAGGAGACCGAUCUGAUCAAACCAUCUCCACCCAAGGAGAUCCAACCCACCCACCCUCAGGACAAACAUCAGACUCCAACAUCUCCACCCGAGGAGAGCCACACCAUCCAGCUUCAGGAGGAACAUCUGACCAAACCAUCUCCACCUCCAGAGGUCGCCGCCUCCUCUGCUCCUGCGUCGGACCUGAGACCCUCCAUAGACUUUGGGCUUUUGGAGUUUGAGGAGCAACCUGUCAUCACUGCAUCUCCAAGUGUCACCUCCACCUCUGCUCCUCCAGGGGGCGCUGAGGUGGAGGUGAUAGAUGAGGAUUUGGAACCGGUGGUUCCAUCUGAAGAGGGGGGCGUCAGUGAGGAGCGAGAGGAGGAAGAAGAGGAGGAGGUGCAGGAUCUGGCCGUGGAGCUGCAGAGAGCAGAGACACCAGCAGAAGAGGAGGAGGACGGCAGUGCUCUGGAGAUGGACAAAAUGGCGGACAGUGUGACCCUGCCCCCUUUGUCUUACCUGACCACACCCACCAUGACAUCAUCACAGAGAGCUCCAGAGCUUGUGGUCUUCUUCAGUCUGAGAGUCACAAACCUGGACUUCAGUGAAGAUCUAUUCAACAAGACCUCCAGCGAGUACAAAGCUCUGGAGAGCAGAUUCAGGGAGAUGCUCCUCCCAUACCUGCAGGAUAACCUGACAGGCUUCCGUGCUCUGGAGGUGUUGUCGUUCAGCAGAGGGAGCGUGGUGGUGAGCAGUAAGAUGAGCUUCACUCGCUGGGUUCCGUACAACGUGACGGCCGCCGUGCAGAACGUUCUGGAGGAGUUCUGUGCCAACGCCGCGAGGAGGCGGAGCAUCGUCAUCGACCGCCGCUCGCUGGACGUAGAGCCAGCUGACCGAGCAGACCCCUGUAAGUUCUUGGCCUGUCCAGAGCCCACCAUCUGUGAAGUGGAACCAGCGACCAGAGAACCACACUGCAGAUUUGAGGCAGAUUUUCCAGAGACUUUCGAAAGUUCAGAUUUUGACCUGGAUGUUCUGGUGGACCUGGAUGUUCUAAUGGACCUGGAUGUUCUGAUGGACCUGGAUGUUCUAAUGGAUCUGGAUGUUCUGGUAGACCUGGACGUUCUAAUGGACCUGGAUGUUCUGAUGGACCUGGAUGUUAUAAUGGACCUGGAUGUUCUAAUGGAUCUGGAUGUUCUGAUGGACCUGGAUGUUCUGAUGGACCUGAAUGUUCUAAUGGACCUGGAUGUUCUAAUGGAUCUGGAUGUUCUGGUAGACCUGGAUGUUCUAAUGGAUCUGGAUGUUCAGAUGGGCCUGGAUGUUCUGAUGGACCUGGAUGUUCUGAUGGAUCUGGAUGUUCUGGUAGACCUGGAUGUUCUAAUGGAUCUGGAUGUUCAGAUGGACCUGGAUGUUCUGAUGGACCUGGAUGUUCUGAUGGACCUGGAUGUUCUAAUGGACCUGGAUGUUCUGAUGGACCUGGAUGUUCUGAUGGACCUGGAUGUUAUGGUGGUCUGCUCAUAG